ACAAUCAUAUUUGUGUAUAAGUAAUGUUUGGUGCUUCGACACACACCCCAUUCAUCAUAAUUAAAAAGUCUAUCACCUCUCUACCCCUCCCUUUUCUCUUCAUCACCAUGCCAACUGCUGCAUUUAGGGUUUUCAGAUUUUUCAUGCUUGUUUUCAUCAUCAUUGUGAAGACGUCGUCUUCAUCCCUGUCGGAAAGCCUGCUCCGGAGCACCAUCCACCUCCGCAACCACACGGCCAUAUCGGAGUUUCGUCUUGUCAACCGGAGGCAUUUGAUCAACUGCCCCGGGAACAACCCGUUUCUCCAAGUGAACAUCAGCUCCGUCGACGGCCACACCACCCUCUCCGACGAUGAAUACGUGACGGUGAACAUCACCGGAGUUCUGCUCCCUUCCACCGGCGAUUGGGUGGCCAUGAUCUCACCUUCUCAUUCCAAUGUGAAAACGUGCAUAGAGAAUGCAAUAAAGUACGAACAGACGGGGGAUUUUAGCAGUCUUCCUCUUCUCUGCCACUAUCCUGUUAAGGCACAAUACGUGAGCAACGACCCAGAUUACCUCAAUUGCAGCAAGAAAGAGUGCAAGAAGUAUGAGGGCCGAAAAUGCGUGAAAACCACGUGUGGAGCUUCUUUAUCCUUUCAUGUCAUCAACAUUCGGACAGACAUCGAGUUCGUGCUGUUUGGUGGUGGAUUUCAGACACCCUGCAUUUUGAAAAGAUCCCUCCCGGUGGCCUUCGCCAAUCCAAACAAGCCCUUGUAUGGCCACAUAUCUAGUACAGAUUCCACCGGAACAUCGAUGAGAUUAACAUGGGUGAGUGGAGAUGAAAAGCCUCAACAAGUUCAAUACGGAAAUGGCCAGAAAGCCAGCUCCUCAGUUUCUACAUUUUCACAAGCUGACAUGUGCACCAGUUCCCUGUUAGAAAGUCCUGCCAUUGAUUUCGGGUGGCAUGACCCUGGCUACAUCCAUUCAGCAGUCAUGACAGGGCUCAAUCCUUCCUCCACUUACUCCUACAAAUAUGGAAGUGAUUCAGUUGGAUGGAGCGAUGAAGUUACGUUGAGAACACCACCUGCCGGGGGAUCGAACGAGCUGACGUUUCUUGCUUAUGGUGAUAUGGGAAAGGCUCCUCUUGAUUCCUCUGUAGAACACUACAUCCAGCCGGGAUCCGUAUCAGUUACCAAAGCAAUGGCCGAUGAAGUAUCCUCGGGCAGUAUCGACUCUAUUUUCCACAUUGGAGACAUCAGCUACGCCACAGGAUUUCUAGUCGAAUGGGACUUCUUCCUUAACCUCAUCAGCCCUUUGGCCUCCCAAGUUUCUUACAUGACGGCCAUCGGCAACCAUGAGAGGGAUUAUGUGGACUCAGGAUCGGUAUACAUAACUCCAGACUCAGGCGGAGAAUGCGGAGUUCCUUAUGAGACUUACUUUCCAAUGCCAACAGCAGCACAGGAUAAGCCAUGGUAUUCUAUAGAACAAGGGAGUGUCCAUUUUACUGUCAUUUCCACAGAACACAAUUGGUCUGUAAAUUCAGAACAGUACGAGUGGAUGAAUAAGGACAUGGCUGCCGUAGAUAGAACAACAACUCCUUGGUUGAUUUUCGCAGGGCACAGGCCGAUGUACACAUCCAGCCCUGGACUGCCCAUUCUGCCCAGCGUUGACAGAGACUUCGUCGACGCUGUCGAGCCCUUGCUACUAGCAAACAAGGUUGAUCUGGCUCUUUUCGGGCACGUUCACAACUACGAGCGGACCUGUGCCGUUUAUCAGCAAGAAUGCAAAGCAAUGCCCACAAAAGACCGAAACGGAGUAGACACAUACAAUAACGCGAACUACAGCGCACCGGUUCACGCUGUCAUUGGAAUGGCGGGGUUUACAUUGGACAGUUUCUCCACGAACGAUAACAGUUGGAGCUUGUGCAGGAUUUCUCAGUUUGGAUACAUAAGAGCGCAUGCGACCAAGGAAGAGCUUAUAGUCGAGUUCAUAGAUGCCGAGUCAAGAAAGGUUGAUGACAGUUUCCGGAUCACCAGAUAUAGCUAGGCAGGCAGACACAGCGUUGAAGACAGCCAUUUAAAGAAGGGUUUAAAUGUAAUUUAGGGUCUGUCACAUGUGAAAUGCAUAAAAAAUUCUAUGAAAAAAAUUAGUAAAUUAUUUUCUGUAUUUGAAAAAUAAAGUAAUUAUCUCCCUAUCA